AUGUCUGCUACUCGCUUCGUUCCCGCCGUUCGGGCCCGCAUGGCCACCAUGGCCCCCAGCUCUAUCACUAUGCGUUCCAUCUCCUCUAGUGUCCGUCUGGAGAAGGGACCCAUCGAUGCUACCAAGGAUACCCUCAAGCAGGCCGACCGUGUGGUCUCGGAUGCUGCCGUCAAGGGCAUUGACCUCGGAAAGGAGGCUUCGCAGAAGGUGAAGGAGAGCGUUGGUGUGUCAAGUGCUGAGGCCGAGGCCAAGGCCAAGGAGGUCAAGGGAGAGGCUGAGGAGACCAUGGGCAAAGCCAAGGGCUCUGCGCAAGAGCUCGCCGGACAGGCCAAGGGAAAGAUGGCCGAGGUGGAGGGUCAAGCCAAGCAGGCUAAGCGUGAGCACCUCGGUUAA